CCUCCAUAGUAGGUAUAAAAACAGCCCCCCACUUCUCUCCCAUGAAAUCUUCCCUUCUUCCAGAAUUCUUCGUGUAAUUUCUCAGAUACAGUUUCAACUCCCCAAACCUAUUCUUAAACGCCACCGUUUUGGUCUUCAAUCGGUUCCUCUGGAUCUAGGAACCUUUCUAGUCCUGGAGGAUGGCAGACAAUGAGGAGGGAGAGGAAAAGACUUCCCGAGGGAAUGAUUGGAGGAUGGCAGACAAUGAGGAGGGAGAGGAAAACACUCCCCGAGGGAACGAAUGGGAAGUUGUGUCACUUACAGCAUCAGCAUACGCUGCUGCUCCUGGUCCCGAGCAAGUUGAGUUGAAAAAUGAUUCAUAUGUAGAGGAAGCCGAAACUUCCCAUGCAUUGUUCAUGUCACGUCACUUUGUUUUCCCACCUAGCCAGCAUGAGAAUUUACCCUUGGAGCCUGAAAACAUUGAGAUUCAUAACGAAGAAGCGGGAGAUAAUGAUGUGGUAACUGAAUUGGGUGUCGAAGAAGGAGGCAGAUCUAGUGGGAAGGAUGGAGAGAAUUUGAAUCUUAAAGGGUUGACUGAACCAGAUGAGUUCCCAGGAAUUCAGUUUUUCGAGAAGGCUAGUAGUCUAUCCCUUCAUGGUACAGAAUUUGAAGAAGGCAAUACCCUGGAAAGGUUAAAUUUGGUUGAUAAAGAACAGAUCAUGUAUGAUGCUUCUAAAUAUAGUUCUUUCCAGAAUGAAACAGCACUCGGUGAUACAACUUCAUAUGUUGAGGACAUGGAUAUUUCUGGACCAAUUGAAUCACCAGAGCAAGGUUUAGAUGCUGGUAAUAUCACACGGUUGCCGCAGCCUUCAAAACAUGAUAAUUCUGACCUACCAUGUGGAGCUUGGUGGAAAAGAAGAGCUGCUUCCAUGUAUUCUCAUGCUAAAGACGCAAAUGCAGUUUGGUCUGUUUUCAUAGCAGCAGCUGUUAUGGGCCUUGUAAUUCUUGGGCAGCGAUGGCAGCAAGAAAGGUGGCAGGCUUUGCAACUUAAGUGGCAACUUAGCCUUAAUGAGGAUUAUGAAGCACCUCAAGAAAGAAGUCAGGAGGGAUGUUGGGCCCGAUAUCUCGACUUAAAGAUGUGAUUGUUGGUGGCCACCGGCGUGGUUCCUUAAUCAGGGGCAGCUCCACUAGUGAGAGUUAAGAUGAUGAUGAUGACGAAAAAAGGCAAGUGAGAGUUUAAGAUGAUGAUGACGAAAAAAAAGGCGGAGAGAGAGAGAGAGAGAGAAAGGGUGUGAUAUGUUAGUUUGUUAACACAGUGUGGUUGAAAUAUUUAUCUGACGAAGUUAACUGUUUACAUGUCAAAAGUGUAUUAUUUUGGUGAUUGUAUUUAUUUUCAUUUGGAUGCGCAUUGUACACAGCUCAGGUAUGGCAAUAACUGUAUGUUUUUAUCCCCAAAAUAUUGAUUCCGUGCAUUAAAGUA